CAGCCGUGCAGGUGCACAAGAAUGGAUGCGGCUGCGUAAGGCCCAGGCUCUGUCCUUGCUGUUGCGCCUGCCGCCACAAACCAAGCAGCGGGUGGAAGAUGAAAUCGUACCACCAUCCAUCCGACCAGACGCUCUGGUCCGCACUCUGCACUGCAGGCAGGCAAGCACGCAGGCCUUGCCGUCCCCGAGAUGGCGGCGACCCUCCGGUCUCCCCCCUCCAUCUCCGUCUCCGUCCCAUGCGCCGCCCUCAGCGCCUCGCUCCACUCCUCGCUGCCAAUUUCUCGCAGGCCAUCGCUCUCCUGCAGCAGAGCAUGCCGCGCCGGCGUCCGCUGCUCCGCCGCGAACAAGCCCUCCCCUCCUCCCCCCACCACUCCGGACAGCAGCGAGCUCCAUGGCGAGGAUACGGAGUGAGGUGCUGUCCCCGUUCCGGUCGGUGCGGAUGUUCUUCUACCUCGCGUUCAUGGCCAGCGGCGCGCUGGGGGGCCUCAUCGCGCUCACGCAGCUCCUCCCGGCGCUGUCCAACCCCGCGAGGGCCGCCGGCGCGGCCGAGACGCUCAAGGGCCUGGGCAUCGACGCCGCGGCCGUCGCGCUCUUCGCCUUCCUCUACUCGCGCGAGAGCAAGGCCAAGGACGCCCAGGUGGGCAGGCUCGCGCGGGAGGAGCGCCUGUCCAGGCUCAAGCUCCGCGCCGGCGCCGGGGACGGCAGGCCGCUCGCGCUUGGCGAGCUGCGCGGCACCGCGCGGCUCGUCAUCGUGGCGGGGCCCGGGGAGUUCGUCGCCGAGUCGUUCCGCCGGAGCCAGCCACUCCUGAGGGAGCUCGCGGAGAGGGCCGUGCUGGCGGUGCCCUUCGCCACGGACGGGAACGCGCCCGAGCUCCGGCUCGACGGGGCCGGCGAGGGCGGCGUCGACGACGACGACGACCUUGCCAGGAGGAGCAGGAGGCUCUGGCAGCUCACGCCGGUGUACACCACUGAAUGGGCACACUUUCUUGUGCCUGAUGAUUGCAGAUGGUUAGACGAUCAGAAGAAGCUGGCCGGCGUGCCACCUGAUUCCCCCGUGUACCUCUCGCUCCGGAUGGACGGGCGCGUCCGCGGCAGCGGCGUGGGCUACCCGCCGUGGCAAGCGUUCGUGGCGCAGCUGCCGCCGGUGAAAGGGAUGUGGUCGGGCCUUCUCGACGGGAUGGACGGCAGGGUGCUCUAGGCCAACCCCUGCGAGAAGCCACCCGUUUUGCCGUGGCAAGUUUAGCUAGAUGUCACAGGGAUUCUUUUUUACUUGUUAUUCAUCAGAGUUGAAAUUGAGAACGUAUUAGCAAUUUAGCAUAGCAGCACACGGGCGUAAGAUCAGUUAAAGACAGACACCGGGUGUGUAGCCCAUCAUCUUCCUGCGUACAUGUAUUUUUUUUAUUGAGUGUCUGCGUACAUGUAUACUGGGUGUGCACAAGGGUGUAAUACUCGCGGUAAAUCAGAAUGCACACACCCAUUUCGACUCACUCAUAAACGGACAAUGUACCUACCA